AUGGCUCUGUCAAUCUCUCGAGUCUCUUUUGAGCAUUACGCCUCACCCCUGGGUAUCGCAGAGACAGCACCAAGAAUCUCAUGGAGGUUUGACGGUGAUGCUCACGAUUGGGAACAGAGCUCUUACGACAUCCAAGUCACUCGCAGCACCAGUGAAAAGCCCAACUCCUUCUCCUGCAAGUCCUCCGACUCUCUUUACCAGCCAUGGCCCGAUGCUCCACUCGAAGAAGCCCAACCCGUCUCCGUCAGGAUCCGUGCUCAUGGCCGCUCAAAGCAGCCCUCGACGCCCUGGUCUGAUUGGGUCUCUGUCGAGACAGGACUAUUCAAGAAGAGCUGGGAGAACGUGAAGCCCAUCGCUUCAACGAUCAAGAUCAACGUCACCGCGCCCAAACGUCCUGUCUACUUCCGCAAGGAGUUCAAGCUUCCUGAUGAUAUUAUCUCGGCUAGGCUUUACAUCACGGCCCUGGGCAUCUACGAAGCAGAGAUCAAUGGGAAGCGGGUUGGCGACAGUGUCUUGGCCCCCGGCUGGCAGUCCUUCCACCAUCGCCAAGUCUAUGACACUUAUGAUGUGACCAAGCUCCUCACCCCAGGUUCGAAUGCGAUAGGCGCUCUUGUCGGUGAAGGCUGGUACGCUGGACGGUUGGGUUUCGCAGGCGGUCAACGAAACAUCUACGGCAACUCUACUGGUCUUUUGGCACAGCUCCACGUCAAGUCCAAGAGCGGAAAGACAGUCAAGAUCGUCACUGACACCACUUGGAAGUCCAGCUUUGGUCCUGCUACCGCCGGAGAGAUCUAUGAUGGGGACAAAUACAAUGCAACUCUCGAAACCGAUAUCAAGGGAUGGUCCAAGCCUGGCUUCAAGGGUUCUUCUUGGAACGAUACUCGUCUUCUGCCCUCUCCGGAUGGCGAGCUUGUUCCUGCUGAGCAGCCACCUGUGCGACGCGUUGAAGAGGUCAAGCCACAGCGUUUCUUCAAAUCCGCUUCUGGAAAGCAACUUGUCGACUUUGGACAGAACCUUGUUGGCUGGCUGAGACUGAACGUUGAUGGUCCCAAGAACACCACUAUCCGACUGCGACACGCCGAGGUUCUGGAGGAUGGUGAACUGGCUCUUCGACCUCUCCGACUAGCCAAGGCUGAGGACUACCUUACCCUCAGUGGUGAAGGUCCUAUCGAGUGGGAGCCCAAAUUCACAUUUCACGGCUUCCGCUAUGCUGAACUUUAUGGCUGGCCUGAAGAAACAUCCCUGGACGCGAAUAGCGUGAGGGCCAUUGUUGUUCAUACAGAUCUGGAAGAAACAGGAUACUUCAACUGCUCCAACUCGCUUCUCAACAAGUUCCACUCCAACGUCCGGUGGUCCAUGAAGGGCAACUUCCUGAGCAUUCCGACCGACUGCCCUCAACGAGAUGAGCGACUUGGCUGGACGGGCGAUGCACACGCUUUCGGCCCUACAUCCAACUACCUAUACGAUACAUCGGCCUUCUGGAAGGGCUGGCACAAGGAUAUCUGGUCUGAGAUGUCCCAGAACCAGAUGGUCCCGCCAUUCUAUGUCCCCUCAAUACCUUGGUUUCUGGACAGACCUCCCAAACCAGCAUCAGUAUGGGGAGACGUGGUGGUGGGCAAUCCAUGGCACAUUUACCAAUCGUUCGGUGACAAGGCACUACUCCAGGAACACCUCCCUCAGGCUCAGAACUGGAUUGAUACAGGUAUCUCUCGGAAUGAUGUUGGCCUCUGGAACCGAAGUAGCUUUCAGUUUGGUGACUGGCUCGACCCUCUUUCACCCCCCGAUGACCCUGGCGCCGCAACGACAGACAAGUACUUGGUCUCGGAUGCGUACUUGGUCAAGAUGACCGAAACACUAUCACAGAUCACCGGAGCCCUUGGUAACUUCAAACUAACCAGGAAGUACCAAACCCAGCACUCUGAUCUCAAGCGCGAGUUCCAGAGUGCCUGGGCACCCGACGGCAAAUUAGCCAACCGAACUCAGACCGCCUACGCCUUAUCGCUGGCUUUCGACCUUCUCAAGGAUGAUAAGCAGAAAAAAGCAGCCGCCGACACCCUGCGAGACAUCAUCAAGAACAACGACUAUCUUGUUGGUACAGGCUUUUCAGGAACAUCUCAACUUGGGUUUGCACUCUCAGACAUCAACUCGACAGAUGUCUUCUACCGCAUGCUUCUUCAGGAGAAGGUUCCGUCUUGGUUGUACCAGGUUGUCAUGGGCGGCACAACCACCUGGGAGCGAUGGGAUAGUAUGCUGCCCAAUGGCACUAUUAACCCCGGUGAGAUGACCAGCUUUAACCAUUACUCUUUUGGGUCGGUUGCCAAUUGGAUGCAUCAGUACAUUGGAGGAAUUGCACCUUUGGAGCCUGGGUACAAGACUGUUUCUAUUGCGCCUAUUCCUGGCGGCAAUCUUUCCCAUGCAAGUGCUACGUAUGUUAGUCAGUAUGGAACCAUCUCAACGGAUUGGACUCUGUCGAAUGGGAAGUUUCAUCUCAGGAUCAGGGUUCCGCCGAACACAAAGGCCAAGGUUACGUUGCCGGGGUCACAAAAGACAAAGACUAUUGGAUCGGGGUACCAUGAGUUUACUGUUUGA